AACCUUACCGUUAGUUACACCUGCCCGAGUCGCAUCAACCGGUGCUGUGGUACACCUGUCUCGACUUGCCACUGCCGCCAUCGCCGCACCAGUCUCAAAGCUCUCCCUUUAUAAUUCGACUGCUUUUGCUUUUAUUCACUACUUUUAAUGGCUGCCAAAUGUUUUUCUCUCUAAAAAGGCCAGGCGAUUUUUCCAUUCUGCUUCAUCGCUGUCUCCAAUCCCAAACGCAAUCAAGUUUCCAUGGCCAAAUCUACUCCGCCGAGAAGCUUUUCUAUCUCCAAGAGAGAGGCGCAGGAAAACGGUGUAGAGGAGAGCAAGUGUGCCUUCCUGGUUGUAGCUCUCUGCCCUGGUCUCGUUUGUUUUAUUCUUCUUCUCAUCGUAGUCUCUAUCAUUCUUAUUGUCAAGUUCCAUUUAUUUUGCCACACUCCUCUCCACUCGAUUAUCUACAAGAAAAAUUGUCACUAGCUACAAAAUCAAGAUUUAUUAUCAAUAUUGAAACUUCGCUAUUGUCGUCUUUUUAUGUACAAGGAAAAUUUUCUGAGUUAACUUCUAGGGGAUUUUCUUGCUUCACCGGCGGUGGAGCUGAUUCUGAUGCUGAAAGUGAUGGUAAUAAUGAUAGUGAUAUCUUUGAAAAUGAUAAUGGAGGUGGAAAUGUCAAGUCAAGUGCGGAUCCUGUGGAGGUCAAUAGGGUAUGCAAGGUGAUCGAUGAAUUGUUUGCCUUAGAUCGCAACAUGGAGGCAGUUCUUGAUGAAUGUGGCAUCAAUUUAUCGCAAGAUCUGGUCAUAGACGUAUUGGAAAGGUUCCGUCAUGCAAGAAAACCAGCAUUCCGGUUUUUCUGUUGGGCCGGGCAAAAGCAGGGUUUUGCCCAUGAUUCGAGGACUUACAAUUCAAUGAUGAGUAUACUCGCAAAGACUAGACAGUUUGAGACUAUGAUAUCAAUGCUGGAAGAAAUAGGUGAGAAAGGGCUUUUGACAAUGGAAACAUUUUCAAUAGCAAUGAGAGCUUUUGCUGUUGCAAAGGAGAGGAAAAAGGCUGUUGCGAUAUUUGAGUUAAUGAAGAAGCACAAGUAUAAAGUAGGGGUUGAGACUAUCAAUUCCUUACUCGACAGUCUUGGAAGGUCCAAGCUUGGAAAAGAAGCGGAAGUCCUUUUUGGAAAGUUGAUAGGUAGGUUUACGCCAAAUUUGAAGACUUACACAGUGUUGCUUAAUGGUUGGUGCAAAGUGAAGAAUUUGAUGGAGGCAGGAAGGAUUUGGAAUGAGAUGAUUGAUAAGGGAUUUAAGCCUGACAUUGUUGCACAUAAUAUUAUGCUUGAAGGGUUACUAAGGAGUAAGAAGAUGUCUGAUGCUGUUAAGUUUUUUAUGGUAAUGAAGGCCAAGGGUCCAUCACCUGAUGUUCAAAGCUAUACAAUUUUGAUUCGGCAUCUAGGCAAGCAAUCGAAGAUGGAAGAGGCAAUGGAAUAUUUUGAUGAGAUGAUUGAUUCCGGGUGUAAGCCAGAUCGUGCAGUUUAUACCUGUUUGAUUACAGGGUUUGGAAAACAGAAGAGAAUGGAUAUGGUUUAUGACUUGUUGAAGGAGAUGAAAGAAAAGGGUUGCCCUCCUGACGGGCAAACCUACAAUGCCCUUAUCAAGUUGAUGACUAGUCGAAAAAGGCCAGACGAUGCCCUGAUAAUAUACAAUAAGAUGCUUCAAAGUGGAAAUGUACCUACAAUUCACACUUAUAACAUGAUCUUGAAAUCCUACUUUCAGACAGGGAACUAUGAAAUGGGUCGACAAGUUUGGGAUGAGAUGAUUGGGAGAGGGUGUUGCCUUGAUGAUAACUCGUACACUGUUUUCAUUGGGGGGCUUAUAAGCCAGGGAAGAUCAGGUGAAGCUUGUAAAUACUUGGAGGAGAUGUUAAAUAAAGGAAUGAAAGCUCCACAUCUUGACUACACGAAAUUUGUAGCCGAUUUCUCUAGAGUUGGGAAGCCUGAUAUACUGGAGGAGUUGGCCCAAAAGAUGAAGUUCGCCGGCAAGGAUGAAGUUUCUAAUGUUCUUGCAAGUUGGGCUGAGAUGAUGAAGAAGAAAUUUAAGAGAAGAGAUUUUGAUUAUUAGAAGCUAUAAUUGAGUUGGUGUUUUGACUAGUGUAACUUUCUUCCUGUAGGUAUUUGGUUUGGAUUGUAAUAUGUUUGUUUCUGAAAGUAUUUGAGAGUUAAUGUACAUAUUGUUCGUGGCUGACAUUUUAUGGACGUUUAGUUGAAUUUCCUAUCAUUAUUAUCUGCAGA